AUGGGUGGUGAAUUCGUCGACGAGAAGGCUGGCGCAGUCCACUAUGAGGAGUCAGCACGCAAGCACAGCGUUAGCAGUCAAGGUCGGCGACGCAGCAGUUUUGAUCAAGCCAAUCUGGCUAUGGUACUGCCAGACAAGACUCACCUUGCCGAAUCCGCCUACAAUGAUAGCAUCGAGGAUCUCCCGACCAGCUGGUUCGUUUGGAUAGUCGCCUUUACCGCAUCUGUCGCUGGCGCUCUUUUUGGUUAUGAUACUGGUAUCAUUUCUGCAGUCCUGGUCUAUCUCGGUAACGACCUCGGCGGACGCCCGACAAGUGCAAGCGAAAAGGAAGCUAUUACGGCUCUAUGCUCGGCUGGCGCUUUCAUUGGUGCCAUCAUUGCUGGACUCACGGCUGAUCAGUACGGUCGCAAAGUCGCAAUCUAUGUCGGGUGCUUCCUCUUCACAGUUGGUGCGAUCAUCCAAGGCGCAUCCUUUUCGGUCGGCCAGAUGGUUGCAGGCCGUCUGAUUGUUGGCUUUGGUGUUGGAUCAGCUGCUAUGGUCGUGCCACUCUACAUCGCAGAAAUCGCUCCAACGAAGGUUCGAGGUCGGCUCAUCGGUCUAAACAAUAUGUCCAUCACUGGUGGUCAGGUCAUCUCCUAUGGUAUCGGAGCAGCCUUUGCACAUGUUCCGCAUGGCUGGCGAUACAUGGUCGGUCUUGGUGGUGUUCCUUCUAUAAUCUUAGCAUGUCUGCUACCACUCUGCCCAGAGUCACCACGUCAACUCGUCUGGCACAACAGAAUGGAAGAGGCUGAGCGAGUUAUCCGAAAGAUCUACAAGGGAGCAUCCGAUGAGCAAGUCCGAAACAAACUGGCUCUCAUCCACCACGCGUGCGAGGAAGCCAAGGAACUCAACUACUCUCAGACUCGGUGGUCUAAGAUCAAGCAACUCCACACUGUACCGGCCAACCUCCGAGCUCUCAUCUGUGCAUGCGGGUUGAUGGUCAUCAGUCAGAUGUCUGGCUUUAAUGUAUUGAUGUACUACUCUGCUACCCUCUUCGAUAUUGUCGGCUUCUCGAACCCAGUCGCUGUUGGUCUCGUUGUUGCAGGAACAAACUUUAUCAUGACCUGGAUCAACAUGAUGUGCGUCGACCCAAUUGGCCGAAGACGAAUCCUGCUCUGUACUGUCUGGGGUAUGGCCGCAGGUCUUAUGGCUGUGGCAGUAGCAUUCAGCUUCAUCCCCAUCAACCGAGAAACUCUAGAGGUAACCAGUGACAACAUCCGAACUCCAGCUAUCGUUGUCCUCGUGUUCAUUAUCUGGUUCGUCGCAUUCUACGGUGUCUCAGUUGGCAACACAGCAUGGAUGUCGACUGAUUUCUUUGAUAUGCCUGUGCGAGCCAUGGGAACCAUGUGGCUUACUUGCUCAUGCUGGGGCAGCAACAUCAUCGUCUCAUCUACUUUCUUGAGUAUGAUGAAGGGUAUUACUCCAGUCGGUGCCUUUGGCUUUUAUGCGGCCAUUUGCGGUAUCGGUUGGGUCUUAAUCUACUUCUUCUACCCAGAAGUCUCCGGCUUGACUCUUGAAGAGAUCAAGGAGGUCUUCCAGCACGGAUUUGGUGUUCGCUAUGCGCGAAACUUGCGCAAGGAGCGAGCGGCGGAGAUUAAGGAGAGAAUGAAGAACAGCGAACGACCAUUGGCCGUUGGCCAUUGA